UCAGCUGUUCAUUGUUUGCAAACAGAAAAGGAGGGAAUUGUAAAAUGCCACGGAAAAGUGAUAAAAGUGAGAAAAAAGAGGUGGAAAAGCGAAAAAAGGGGAGCAAAAGGAAGCUGAAUGAAGAUAGAAAGACAGAGAAAGUGAAGAAGCCGCGCACAGCACGCAAAAAGAAGAAGAAAGAGGAACCUUCGCGGCCCAAGAAGCCUCAAUACAACACUGAGCCCACUCCGGAGAAUCUAAAGUGCCUGGAGUGGAUUAAGGAGCAGAAGCGACUCAAGGUGAAAUACCCGAAGAUCGAUGUUAACGUGGACAGUGACACAGAGUCUGAAGAUGACGAGGAAGCAGAAUCCGAUAUGAAUCUGGCCAAGUUGUCCAGGGAGAGAAACAAGACUAUUGUCAAUGUACUGUACAACUGUGAGUGGGCAAAGUGUACGGCUUUAUUCGAGGACGCGUCUAUGUACAAGGAUCACGUGGAGCUGCAUCUUUUGAGCAUAGGCGAGAAGAAGAGUCCGGAGUUUCGAUGUCUCUGGGAUCUGUGCAAGUUCACAACGGAGGACAGGAGUGCAUGGACACGCCAUGUGCGCUAUCACACUUACCAUUCGCAGCUCAUGACGGUGGGAGACAGUAUCAGGCAUCAGAUCAACUUCCCGCGCUGCACUCUCGAUUCCGAGCAGAGGAAUAUCAUCCCGGACACACCGUAUGACUUCCUGUGCGAGUGGAACGAGUGCUCCUGGAAGACCAACAGCAUUUUGGACUACUUCGAUCACGUGAACACGCACGGACACAUGGAGUGGGUGUUCUCAAAGGGCAGCAAAGAUGAGAAGAUUCAGUGUCACUGGAUUGGCUGCGAGAAGACUUUUUCGAGACAAGACACACUUCUGAAGCACAUCCGGAGCCACACGAGUGAGAAGAAGGUGGCAUGCGACAAUUGUGGGUCCAUGUUCAUCCACAACUCCAGCUUCUUCGAUCACUGUAAGCGCCAGUUGAUCCACAACACCAUGGAGUACUCCUGCUUGCACUGCUUCCGCUCCUUCGCGACGCCCAGGCUGCUGAAGACCCACAUUCGCCUCCAUGUGAACUGCCACAAGUGCCACUUGUGCGACAUGACCUGUCCGUCACUGGCUCACCUCACGCUUCACAUUCGCCACAGGCACUUGGACGAGAGACCCUUCAAAUGCACGCAGUGCUCCUACACCAGUGUCCGCCAGCGCGACCUGGAGAGCCACAAGACCAUCCACGGGCCUCGGCAGACUUUCGAGUGUACGCAGUAUGACUGCAACUUCCAGAGCUGCUCCCUGAAGAGCCUCAAGCGCCACGAGGCGCUGAAGCAUCUGGGGCCCCAUCCCAAGGUGUACCUCUGCGACUGCUGUGGCCGGAAGUAUUCCCGCGGGGAUCUCAUUUCCAGCCACCUGAAGAAGGUACACGGAUACAAAUUGCCUCCCGGAAGUUCGCGAUUCUUUUACCGGGAAGGAGACGAUGGCUUCUACCACGUACAGACGAUGCGGAUCGAGAGUCUGGAGGUGACUGAGCAGAUCAUGGCAACGAAGAAGACGGCAAACAAUCGCCGGGGGAAAGUUAAGUACUCCGUGUGUGAUCCCAUCGUCACCAAAGAUGGAAUUGUGAAAGUGAAUGUGGAGGAGCAGCCCAAGGAAGCGGGACAGCCUGAAGAGGAGUCAGAGGAGGAGGAAAUCAUGGAUGAAAGUGAAGAGGAGGAGGAGGAUGAAGAUGAAGGCACGAGACUGGGUUUGAGUAUGCCACUAACUGAGGACGUCUUGGAAGACCCUCCGCCGAAGAAGAGCAUCCAUGACUUCACUGUGAUGAAGAGAUAUCUCAAUGCCUUCACGGAAAAGACACCAGAAAUAGAGUCUCCAGUGCCACCAGAAUCGGCAACUUCAGUGGAGGAGGAAGUGUUCUAAUUCAAAUGCUCUUCUAUUUCCUUUGAUGCGCACAGAGCAAAUAAGUUGAGACAUAAUAGAUUCUUAGAUUAUUA